AUGGGUUUGGAGCCCGAUGUCAAAAAGCGGCGCCUAGAGCAUGCCGGGCCGCCUCUCACAACGGAUGAGGAGAUCGCGCGGCGCCUUCAUGAGGAGCUGAACGCAAACGUGUCGCGCCUCUCGCGCCGCGGCAGCCAGCAGCUGCCGCACCCGCCGCCCGGCUCGCCCGGCGGGCGGCUGCGGGCGGGCAGGCGGCGGCGGGGCGGCGGCGGCGGGGGCACGACGAGUGGCAGCGGGGAUGAGGACGAGGAGGAUGAGGAUGAGGGGGAGGGGGACGACGCCGGCUGGUCAGGGUCCGAAAGCGCCUCGGACGACGACAGCGGCACCGGCGGCGGCGGUGGCGGCGGGCGCGGGACGCGCCGCCGGCCGCACCCCCGGGAGGAGCCGCAGCAGCACCAGGGGCCGCCGCCCGGCGGGGCCGGGGCCGCCAAGCUGGCGGGGCGGAAGCGCGCCAGCCGGGAGCUCGCCCUGCUGUCGAUGGAUCUGGUUGCGGCGCAGCCGCGCGCGCCCGGGGCCGGCCAGGGCGCCCGCGUGCGGGGCAGGGACGACCAGCAGCAGCAACAGCAGCAGCAGCAGGACGCCGGGCGGCCGGUGAACAAGCUUCUGAUGGCGCCGCACCUGCACGCAGCAGGGGUGCGUUCUGGUUUUUGGGGAGGGAGGGCGGGGAGAGGGGGGCGCAACACCUGCGGCCGUGGCGAUGGCAGCGUCUGCGGCUCGGCGAAGCGCACGCGUGGCACCUGCCUCCUCUUUUCUGAGGCCAGUUUUGCGGCCGUUGACUCUAUCACGGGCUUGUGA